UUCUUGCAAAGCCACCAUGCUCAGCCACGCCGCCGGCGCCCUGCUGCUGGCGCUCGCUCUGUGCGCCCUCCUGGAAGACGGUAUGGGCCAUCCUGCCCUGGAUUCCCACCGUGCUGCAGCCGGCACCGCGCACCUGAGGACCAAGAGAUGUUCUUGCAACAGCUGGCUGGACAAGGAAUGCAUCUACUUCUGCCACCUGGAUAUCAUCUGGGUCAACACCCCAGGCCACACUGCUCCCUACGGCUUGGGAAGCCCGCCUCGGCGCCGCAGGAGAUCGCCGCGCCGGUGCGAGUGCUCGCGCUCCACGGACAGCGUCUGCGCCGCCUUCUGCCAGCCCAAGCCUGGGUACCUCCAGAGUGCGGAGCUCCCCGGGAGUCCUGGAGAGCCCACGAAGACGCUGCAGAGCAGCUACGUGAGGCCUUCCCAGCACGGCCUGCUGAGAGCUGCCAGGGAUCUUGCCAUAUCCAGCUUGCAGUUUGGCAAACAGCAGCACCGUGCUCAGAGGAAUGCCCAGCCAACAGCUUUGCCUUGGAAGAAAAACAUCUGGAAGAGAAAGAGAUAAGAAACGGGUGCAAACCAAGCUCAGCAGAAGAAUCCGGAGUCCUGCGGGUGCCGCUAACUCCGCUGUUGGUAGUUAGAGCUGAAGGAUGGCCACGGGCGGAAGGGGGAAGAAGUGGAUGUCUCGACGCUCCCGUUGCGUGAACCAGUACUGCACUGACUGUUGUAAAGGGAAAAGAGAAUCUCUCUGUACAGCCAUAGGUGUGUUGCGGAGCUGCGUUGUGCCUCCUUCGGUCAGGCUGGUGUUACUGGUAGCGUAUCGGCUAAACUCCGCGCUGGAUACCUAGAGCGCUGGUCAGCCCACCCGGGGCAGCUUGCAAAGCAAACUGCGAUGUGCAGUCCCGGACCUGGCAGCACUGAACUCCCGUGUCACAGGCCUGGUCUACUCUGCCUUUGAACCAUGUUUGAACAUGGUUCCAGCUCUACUCCGUUCAAACAUGGUUUGGAUGGCCAUUGUAGACGGGGAUAAACUGACUCCAGGAGGGCCUGUCUGGGCCCAUCUUUGCUCUUUUAUUUUCUCUUAUCAGACAGAGUGAUGUGCAUAUGAAUGAGACUCCCAUGAUAAAACAGCACCCAGCUCUUACCAUAAUUAAUCUUCUUAAAACCUGAAAGCCAGCUGAGUAGCCAGCGGCAAUCUCUGCCUAAACAGGAGGACCAUCCUUAGGUGGUUCUUGUCUAGAUAGAGGAUGGCUUGUUUACAUCUGAGCUUGCAUCAAAUCCAAGCAUGACCCCAGCCCUCAGAGCGCAGAGGCAUCAGGGAUGGGGAGGCUUAAGUAAAGGCUUAAAUUUCAGUAGCACCUCCUGCCACAGCUGGGCAGGAGCCCAGCCUAGAGUCACCUGCAACCUGGGGAAGGAGCAGCCUAGGUUAGGUGCAGAGCCAAGCUGCUAGUCUGAGCUCAGCGCUACGAAUCUCCUUAGACAUACCCUUUGUGGAGCAGAGAACUUCUACCUCUUAACCCAGCAUUGCAGCUUGCUUUCAGCUCUGCCUGAAAGGGAAGGCUAGAGGCAGAGAAGAUGGGUGGUGGGCAAACAGCAUGCAAAGGCUUGCUUGCUUUGCUUAGAUGAGGUCUCUGAGUCAGGCUCUGUAGUAAAUGACCAGCCUGAAUAGCAUGUCACAGAGAAGUGCAACCUGAAUAGAGAGUGAAUGAGGCAAGGGGCAGCCGGGUGGCAUUAAUGUGCAGAAAAAGAUCUCCAGGAUGAGAGCAUGGCACUGUGUGCACAUCCUUAGCAGGGGAUGGGUUUAAACAAAAGCCAAGAUCAUGGCCACUUUGCCAGGCCUGAGCUGCAAAGUGCUGCUGGGCCCAGAGGAAGGGCAGGGGUAAUUUGGGGGAACGCUGAGCCCAGAGCCUAGAAACCGUCCUCAGUCUGGAGGCUUUGGAGCUCUAUCGCAAAUGCACUUUCAUUUGCCUGGGCAGAUUAAUUUCUGUUCUAAAGUUCCAAGUGGCAACUGUCAUCUGGGUGGUGUAGAUAAAUAAUUGCUCUCCUGGAACCGCUGUGUGGUCUCCCUUGCUGCCCAACCCUCUAUUACACAUGAAGACUUUAAAAGGCUGCUUGAAGUUGGUGGUGGACCAAAAUCUGUGGCUGCUGCAAGUGUAGUCCCAUUGGACGUACAAAAUAUUUCUUUAAUUUUAUUGUAAGCCCUAGAGGGGGAGAAAAUGAGGCAGACUGAUUGUAUCAUAAAUGAAACAACAGGCAAAUCAUUGGGUCCCCAAAGCUGCAGAGAAACUUUUUCUAUUUGACCUUCUGAAGGUUUCAAUCAUUCUAAAAAAAAAAAAAAUCCUGAAAGGGUUUGUUCCAAAGGAAAUUUUGCACAUGGUUUAAUGUGAGCCUAGUAAUUUAAAAUAAAACUACUGCUGUAAAAUACUAUGUAUAUCCCCUUGUAUGUGUAUGAUGUCUCUGCUUUUAGUAACUUAUUGCACACAUUCCAUAUGUAGCAUCCUGACACCUGUAUAUUUAUUUAAAUCUAUUGGUUUUAGA